UUCUCAUUGCUUAGAUCUGUAUCUUAAAGUAUACCUACAUUAUUAUUUCAUGUUUGGUAAUCAUGUUGAACUAACAUGUAGGUACUAAACAUAUAUGUUGAGGAAACAUUAUAUAAAUCACUUCAGACCGCAGUUGUCAUUUAAUUCAUAUUCCAUGUAGGCCCAACCACUUGAAAGUUUGCUCGAUGAUAAUUGCUUUUAUGUGUAAAACAUUUCAUGAUACUUUCAAUUUUCUAAUCCAUUACCUUGUGUAUCAUCUGUAGAUCCGAUUAAUCGUUCAUUUCUUAUUUAGAAGUGAGACCUUUCAUAUCAACAGGUCUUAUACCACUAUAUCUUUAACUACUUGAAGUUAUUUUAAAUUCAACAAUGGUGAUCAUCACGUUUGUAUUAUGUGCAACUAUUUGCUGCAUAUGCAAGUAUUUGUAUGACCAACUGCGCUACUGGCACAACAGAGGCUUUCCCUGUGUAUCAACCAAGUUCAACCUCCGACAGAUGAAAUGCUUCCUGCUACGCAACAAACCUCAGGAAAUUCUGCUGAAAGAAACUUAUGAUGAACUUGAAGGCCAUAAGUUCGGAGGAUAUGUGUCAUUGUUCACACCUUACCUAUUACUGCGUGAUCCUGAAAUUAUUAAUAAUGUCCUGGUACGAGAUUUUGGCUACUUCGAAGAUAGGUUCCUUGAUAUAGAGGACAAAAAUGAUACAUUUUUUGAGAAUGUGUUUGCAAUGAGAGGCCAGCAUUGGCGGUAUGUGAGGCACAAGCUCACGCCUCUUUUCUCAUCCAACAAAGUGAGGCUGAUGGUAGAUCAGGUAGUGAAUUGUUGUAAUUACGCGAUUGGCCGCGUGGAGCGUGACAGUGGGAGCCCGACAGACGUGGAGAACCUGAUGGCCAGCUAUUGCUUCAGCGUGGUUGGUUCUACCGUCUUCGGCCUUGACUUUGAUUCCGGUGAGGGAGGCGAUGCCAAAAAAAUAUUCCUCCAAAUGAUUGACAGCUUCUUCAAACCGAAAUUCCUUAUACUAAUGACCUAUGUGCUGAGGAUGGGCUUCCCAAGGCUUCAAUGCUACUUGAGAAAGUUUCUGCGACUGGAACUCGGCACACCUGAGACGUGCAUGCGAAUUCUGGCCGACUCGAUCAAGAUGCGAGAGCGCACCGGUUAUCGGCGAAAUGACUUUCUGCAGCUGAUGAUUGAUCUCAAACAUGAGGAGGAAACAAAUGAGAGUCAUCCAGGUGUGUCUAAGAGGAAAAUCAGCGAGGAGGACAAGGCCUAUUCAUCCAAGGAGAUAUUCGGAGGUGCUGAUCCUCCUGCACAGAAUUUCCCUGAAAAAAUUUUCACGGACGUCAGCAUUUUUGCAAACUCUUUCCUUUUCCUUUCAAUUGGAACAAAUUCGACAUCUUGUGUGUUGAGUUUCAUGUUGUAUGAAAUUUCCAUUAACACUGACAUACAAGACAGGCUGCGAAAGGAGAUUGACUCAGUGCUGGCCGGAGAGAAUAUCACUUUCGAAUGUUUGAAGCAGUUGACCUAUAUGGACAAAGUUAUUGCAGAGGCGAUGCGACUACAUAUACCUACUGGAACUUUGGUGCGCAAUUGUAAGCACGACUACAAAAUUCCUGGCACCGAUAAAAUUGUGAAAAGAGGAGAAACGGUUGUGGUGAUGACCAGCGCUAUGCAUCAUGAUGAACAAUACUUCCAAAAUCCGGAGAAAUUUGACCCUGAAAGAUUUUCGGAUAUAAGAGGCAUUUCAAAAGGAGUGUACUUACCUUUCGGUUGUGGUCCAAGAAUGUGUUUUGCAAUCCCAUUCGUGAUGAUGCAGAUAAAAAUUACCAUUUGCAAAAUUUUGUCGACCUACAAAUUGAAAUUGAACAGCAGAACACGACAGCCGCUGAAGAUUUCAACACGAGACCUGAUGACUCAUUCUGAAGGCGGAAUUUGGAUAGAUUUUCAACGCAGAGAUUCAGAUUUAAUAUAGGAUAGUUACUUGUUCACUAUAUACUAAACUUAUGUGCAUUACAGUACAAUAAAAUUUAUCAUAUC